ACCGACAAAUCGAGUGAGGAAUUUCAAAAAUUGAACUGGGAAGCCCUUAAGAAAACACUCAAUGGUAUUGUAAACAAGGUCAACUCUGCUAAUAUUGCUGAUGUGUUACCUGAACUGUUUUCUGAAAAUAUCAUUAGAGGAAAAGGAUUAUUAGUUAGAGCAAUUAUGAAGGCUCAGCUUGCAUCAAUCCAAUUUAGUAAUGUUUAUUCUGCUCUGAUCUCAGUCGUUAAUACCAGGAUUCCAGAAAUAGGCGAAUUAUUAAUUAAGCGUCUGGUAAGCCAAUUUGUAAAAUCAUUCAGCAGGAAUGACAAGCAAAAGUGCAUUGCUUCUUGUCACUUUAUUGCUCACUUGGUAAACCAACAAGUUGCAAGUGAAAUUUUGGCUGGACAAUUACUUUCCUUGCUAUUGGAAAAUUCAACAAAUGAUUCUGUAGAACUAGGUGUGACAUUUGUAAAGGAAUGUGGUAAAACUCUUUUGGAAGUAGCACCAAAAAUUCUCUCUGCUGUUUUUGAAGCUUUCAGAAAUAUUUUACAUGAAGGAAAAAUUGAUAGACGUGUACAAUACCAAAUAGAAUCAUUGUUUAAUAUCAGAAAACUUGAAUUCAAGGACUAUCCAUCAAUAACGGAGGAGUUGGAUCUUGUUGAGGAUGAUGAUAGAAUCACUCAUGAUGCUAUCGAAAUUUCAAAAGAUAUUGACACAGAGGAUAAUUUGGACAUUUUCCAAUUUGAUGAAGAAUUUGAAGAAAAUGAGGAAAGAUACAAGGAAAUUAAAAAAGAGAUUCUAGGCGAGGAAGAAGAAGAAGAAGUGGGAGGAGAGGAAGAACCUCAAGCUCAUAGUGAUGAGGCAUUUGGAGGAGUUCAAGAAAUUCAAAUUAACGCAGAAGGCCAAAAGAAUACCCUUCUGGAUCCAAAGACUAAAACUGAUGAGGGGUCAACAGAUCUCAAGAGAAAGAUCUAUCUUACUAUUAUGUCUUCUUUGGGAUAUGAAGAAGCAGCCCACAAACUGUUAAAGUCAGGUCUUGCUAAGGAACAUGAUAUGGAAGUUUGUUCUAUGAUUAUUGAAUGUUGUAGUCAGGAGAGAAGCUAUUUGGAUUUCUUUGGUUCUUUGGCUGAAAGAUUCUGCCAACUUCAAGAUGUCUUCAAACGUGAUUUUGAAGAAUGCUUCCAAUUGCAAUAUCAAAUUCUCCACAGAUACGAAACAAGUAGACUCAGAAAUAUUGCAAAGCUAUUCAGCCAUUUAUUAGUUUCAGAUUCCAUUUCGUGGUCCAUUUUCUCUGCUGUUAAAAUAACAGAAUCCGAUACCACAUCAUACAGUAGAAUUUUCCUCAAAAUUCUUUUCCAAGAGUUACAACAAAAAUUUGGAAUGGAAGCCCUCAAGAACAGAUUAUUGUACAAUGAAACUCAAAAACCAUUCUUUACUGGAUUAUUCCCUAAGGAUAAUCCUAAAGUUGUUAGAUUCGCUAUUAACUUUUGGUUGCUUAUUGAUCUGCCUCAAUUAGCAGAAGAUUUAAAG